GAAAGAGGAAAGUAUCCGGAUAGGCAACCCGCCAACCCAAGCAGAUAUUUCGAUCCUAGUUCCCCAACUUACUCACUCCACCACUAGACGAGGAGGCAUCAAAGUCCAAAACUAAAAUCAUGUCCGGAGAAUUCCCCAAUAUUCAGUCUACCCACUCCCUUGUGGCCAAGCAUGUCACCAAGGAUAAAUGGGACCAGCUUAAGGACAUUGAGACCAAGACCUGUGGAUUCACCCUAGCCAAGGCUAUUGCCUGCGCUGUUGAGUUCGACAACCAGCAUUGCGGAAUCUACGCCGGAGACUGGGAUUCCUACAAGGACUUCGCCAUCGUCUUUGAUCCUCUGAUCCAGGAGUACCAUGGAAUCUCUGCUGAUGCCAAGCACACUUCUGACAUGGAUGCCUCAAAGAUUGUUGGAAACAUCGCCCCUGAAGUCCCAUGCCACUCCACCCGUAUUCGUGUUGGACGUAACAUUGAUGGAUUCGGACUCUCCCCCGGAAUCACCAAGGACCAGCGUAUUGCCAUUGAGAAGCUGAUGUCUUCUGCUCUCUCCAAGCUUACCGGUGAUCUUGCUGGAACCUACUAUCCUCUCACUGGUAUGGAUGAGGCUGUUCGUCAGAAGCUUGUUGAUGACCACUUCCUCUUCAUGUCUGGUGACCGCAACUUGGCUGUUGCCGGUAUGGAGCGUGACUGGCCUGAGGGCCGUGGAAUCUUCCACAAUGAGGCCAAGACCUUCCUUCUCUGGGUCAAUGAGGAGGAUCAGACCAGAAUCAUCUCCAUGCAGCAGGGCGGUGAUGUCAAGGGAGUCUUCGAGAGGCUUGCCCGUGGUAUCAAGGCUGUCGGAGAUUCUGUCAAGGCUGAGUCCGGCAAGGAAUUUGCUCUUGAUGAGAGAUACGGAUACAUCCACUCUUGCCCCACCAAUCUAGGAACUGGCAUGCGUGCUUCCGUCCACGUUGACCUUCCCGGCUGGACCAAGGAAGGAGUUGACAAGCUGAAGGCUAGAUGCGAGGAACUCGCUGUCCAGCCCAGAGGAACCAGAGGAGAAUCUGGUGGCCAGACUGGACACACCUAUGACAUCUCCAACAAGCAUCGUCUUGGAUACUCCGAGGUCCAGCUCGUCCAGGUUAUGAUUGAUGGAGUCAACACCCUGUGGAAGGAGGAUCUGGAAUUCCAGAAGAAGCACGGCAUGUAAAUAAAUCCACCUGAUGACGGCGAAGAUGAUAAAAUGAUUUUUGGACUCAGCCCUUCUGACUGGUGUUGGAGUGUAAAUUAAUACUCUCCAGCUAAAGAUGCCAUCAAAAUACAUUCUUUCUUAAAACAACGAACCUAGCUGGAAAACUAUAAUUUAUUAUGGUGUUGCAUCCAAUACAUAAGUCUGUAUUGAAUGCAUCACCCCUGUAUCUAUUUAUUGAAAAUGUGAAUAUGAAUCAAGAAUCAACUGGUUACUCGGGACAGUCUGGCGUAAAAUACUGUUAUAAAGACAAGCAAAAAAUAUAAUGAAAUGUUUUUA